CCCUUUGUCGUUGAUUGGCGCAGGCUACGGUGUUUGAUUGUUUGGAGUAAUGCUCUCUAGCGGUCAAAUUGCAUAUCUUAUAGACCUGGUCACUUCCAGCAUUACUCGUGAACGCAGAAAAUGACUGGAAAUCUCCGAAUUGAGUUGUCAAGCGCUACAACUAGUCUGCUAGUUGUUUUCAUGUUUAGAGAAAUGAGCGCAGUCCGUUUGAAGGAGUGGCCUUUGUUUGCAGCCUGUGUUUAUUUUUGUUUUUAUUUACAGGUGCCAAUAACGUGACGUCACAGGACAAAGUGAGGCUUUCUCGUAUUGUUUGGGCUGAAGGGAAGGGGCAUCAACAACAGCGGGCCAAAUUGUUUAGCUUCGUGGAAGCGCUGUCCUUAGGUCUUUCGCCGCAGAAUUUCCACACUUUCGUUUUAUUUCGAAUCGUUGUCUUAGUAUAGAUGAUUUAAAUCUUGAUUCGAGGACAAGUUGUCAGCAAAGCAUCAGAGGAUGGCCCUUUCAUUCAUUCGUCGACGCUCGCAACAUUUUAUAAGAUUCAGGGCUUUUUAGAUUGCAGUGUAGAGUGGGUUUCUUAGACGUGUGGUUUAAAGCUACGAGGGAGACGAGUUGGUAUAUAAAGUAAAGUCUAUUGAGGAAAAUGUCAUCUGCAAACAAAGAACAGAAUGGUGAAACCCCUGUUAUUCCGACAGCUUCCAGGGCCAAGAAUAAUAACAUAAGUAUGACUACCGCAACAGUAGCCAAGAGUCCAAACAAACAAAGUGACAGUCACAUAAAAUCUCACAGUGGCUCAAGUAGUCCAGGGAAAAUCUGCCAAGCCCAUACAAAUGGCCACAAAGGGGGCACAAGUAAGAGUCCCUGCUGCUGUUCCCAUGAAAACCAUCUUCCUGGAAUCGUCUAUCAGCAUAUUCCAGGAACACCCAAUGGUGUUGCUAUUGAAACUUCAGCACCAGAUCACGGAACACAAGAGAGCAAGAGUAGCAAAUCCAAACACAGCUCUGGACACUUUUGUUCAACAUGUCCACCAGGGCCUCACACUCACCAUGUGUAUUCACCACCUAACUGUCACCCGCCAGCCACAUUUGUCGAGCAUGGCCACUGUAAUUGCCAACCUACUGCUUAUUUGGACAACCACUAUCACUAUGCCCACCACUCACAGUCAGCACAGCCUAGACCAGUUGCUGUUGUUGCACACCCUCCUCCUUUAUUACUAAGACCGCUUCAACCUCAACAUCUUCAGCAACAUCAGGCAAUCCUUGAGCAGGAGUUAAGGCCCUAUUAUGAUGGGAAGUGGAAAGGCCUGGCAGAUACACCUCUAACAGCUUUUGGAGGAAGACAGCCCCCUCCUGAUGGACAUGGGACUGUGGCUUCUGGUUAUGUUGCUGAAAGCCAGACAAUCCAUCAACACCACCCUCUCUUCCAUCACAAUGUCUGCCAGUGGCCAGGAUGUGAGGCGUACUGUGAAGGAUUUGCUCAGUUCUUACAUCAUCUGAACAAUGACCACGCCCUUGAUGAAAGGAGCACCGCACAGGCGCGGGUGCAGAUGCAAGUAGUAGGCCACCUUGAAUCCCAGCUGAACAAAGAAAGGGAACGACUCAAUGCAAUGAUGAGUCACUUACAUAUGCCAAAGGGCCAGCUCUCCCCACCAGGGCCACAGGAAGGCGAGAAGAUCCAGCAUGCACCUGUGCUUAACCAAACUCAUUCCCAGCCCCCAACUAGCUCCCACUCAUCCUCUCCCUUAAACACCAGCAAUGAUGGCCCUUCCGAGCCUGAGAGUGGUCUGAUUAGAGAGGUGCACGUUAGCAAGUCGUGUACAACGCCUCCACCAAAUAUCUCUGUACACGACCUAACGCCCACUUCAAGUGAGGUGACAACAAUGGCGAUCCUGAGCGGCCACAUGCCGACACAUCACAUUCACCACGAGGAGCUAAAGCCUUUGAUACAUCACAUGCCAGAGGAGACGAAAAUUCACAAGCGCUCAAGGACCUCUGACCCAGAUGGUAUAUCGCUGGAUAUACAAAGGUCUGCUGAUUUUUACCAAAAAGCUGACGUUCGACCUCCAUUCACGUAUGCAUCUCUUAUCAGACAGGCAAUUCUAGACUCUCCUGAUACCCAACUGACGCUGAAUGAAAUAUAUUCCUGGUUUACAAGGACGUUUGCUUAUUUUAGACGAAAUGCAGCAACAUGGAAGAAUGCCGUACGGCACAACCUGUCCCUGCACAAGUGCUUCGUGCGUAAAGAGAACGUGAAAGGCGCCGUGUGGAUGGUGGAUGAAGAAGAGUUCAUGAAGAGGAGGCCGCAGUCGAAAGUCACCCACAGCUCAGCAAGUCUUAAUAAGCAAGAGCGAGAGCGCGCGGUUCAGCCAUCGUGCCUCGUGGGCCUCCCCACACAGGUCACCACUUUCGACGUCGGCUCACGUGACCCCAACCACGCGGGGUCGAAUGGCUCGGAGGAGGAGAUUCCGCAGGGCGCAGAGGCUGCUGGGAAGAGGGCUGCAGAUGAUGACGUGAGCGAUGAACCAGCCAAUAAGAAAAGACUAUUUGGUCAAGAGGAAACGGAGGGAGAGCCUGGUGGAAUCAGCAAACUUGUGGAAUUCUGUUCCAAGGGCAUCACCAGCCAACUCUCACAGUCAAACGUCCAAGUCAAACUUGAACCCCAAGAAGAAGAGCCCGAGAUGCAUGUGCACAGCGGUGGAGAGGGGUCGCCUCAUACUCACGUGGCCGUUGAGCCGGUGGUGCUAUACAAUGAGGAUUCCAUAGAGGCCGACUCUAUAGGGACUGAACAGGAGAGAUAAAAUGCAGCUAGUGCGUAGCAAGUCUCCAAAGUGCAGACUGGCCCGAAACACCAUAGAAUGCUAGUCACUUGACAUUGACGUCACACGAGGCUUUAUCACGUGAGGUAAACCAUGUGACGUUCUUACGUCGAUCAGGUGACCUUUGUGCCUUAAAGCCGUUGACGUGGGGGACUGGGGCGAGUGAUGCUUAUGCUAGCGGCCUAAAGAAUCCUAACUAACUUAAUAGUAUCGUUAUUGAAUGCAAAAGGUCGUAAACAGAGACAGGAUUAGAUACAGAAAAGGGAAUAAGAAACACAGGGAGAGCUAGGAAUCGUAUAGGGCAUACUGUUAAGCGCCCCCUUCCUGCCGUCUGGCUGGUAGUAUUGUAAGAUGAGCUACCGUAGUUACCUAAAUCGAGAGCACCGUUGUGAAGAUAAGAUAGGAUAAGGCAAAAUCUCAUACACAAAUGUAUUUUAUAUGGCCUUAUCAGAACCUUGGGGCUUAUUCUACAGGCAGAAUCUUAGAGUUUGUUUGCGUCGUUGAAUCUUUGGCCUGCCAAGUUGUAAUAGUCUCCCUCGCAGCUGUUCUGGACUCGUCGCUUGAGCUCCAGUAAGCACCGCUUGACUUGUCCAGAACCGCUGCGAGGGAGACUAACGUUUUACUUGCUUUACGAAAAAAGACUCCCUUUCGAGAGAGUAUAAAUAGUUUAUUAUAAAUGUAUAGUUUAUAGUAGUAUUGUUAUUUAACUUCCGUAUUGUUUAUAAUUGGCAACACUGUGCCAUACCUGGCGAAGAGUAAGGCGACUGUCAUACGUAUGAUGGCGGGCAAUAGGGCGUGCAAGGAUUUUGUCAAGUCGUUUCCACAGGAGAGCUGUGCAAUACGUUCCAUUCCUCUAUUUAAUUUAAUCCAUCCAUGUCUUCCAUAUCGUUAUAUAUGCGACAUACUCCCUUUAACCUUUCACAUGACUUAAUCCUUGCUUAGUAAAGGUGAUAAUAUCUUGAACCUUUUGAUCAGAGAGCGCGGAGAUCUUUCGCUUGUGAUGGGAGAGUGGGUCCAAGGAACCAUCUUCAUGCGUCAGAUAAACCAGGCCAAUAAGAUGUGAUUUUAAUCGGAAGGUACUCCCACUCAAAUCUAAAAAUAACGUUAUACUCUGAGUCAGCGAUCGUUUUAUUUUUGUCAGUGCCAUUGUCUGGCCUGUUGACCAGAAAUGUUUUUAACCUUUUUAUGGCUGCUCAAAGCAACAUAAUGUUACUUUAAAGACUAAACUAUGGAAAACCCGCUAUUUUCCCUAUAGCAUCAAGUGUUGAUUAAACAUCAUGGUUCAUAAAGGAGCAGGAGUAUUCUUUAGAAACUACUAAAAUCCUGCACGUAGUAUUUAAAGGUACAUCCUUGCAAUUACAGUAUCCCGGGAUCAACCAGAAUUUUUGCUGGUGGAAUAGGACACAUCGCCCCUUGCGUCGCUAGGCGCAGUAAAGAAUAGCGCUGGAUAACUUGGCAUAUUCCUGACACAGGUCCUUAGCCUUGGCUGAAAAUCAUGUUAUUCUGAAAAGUGAUUAUGAACUAAUUAUUAUGUAAAGCUAUUGUCUUAUCUUGUAUUAUUGAUAGGUCCGCAUAGAAAGACUAGAUAAAAGUUUUGAUUAGACAUGGAAGAAAAAAGAGUAUUUGAAAAUAGGGGAAAUGUUCAGAAUAAAUCUAUGAAAUUAAA